GGAGCAGAAAACAGUGAUUGCAAUUUGGAAGCAGUCCCUUUCUCCUUUUCUUUUCUUUCUGGGUACUUUAAUAUUAGUAUUUUUUUGGGGGGCACUUUCUUUGACAUGUGUGGGUCUCUGUCUUCUUGUAGGGCAAUGAGUCUUUAUGAUGUGGAGAAGAAGCCAUUUUAGCUGAAAUAAUGCGGGACAUACACCGCAAACAAGGCUACAGGAGAGGGGUUGAAAAUCUGUCAAAAAAUGAAAAAAGUUGUGGGGAAAUUGAAGACAUUUUGGUAGAAUCUUUUUUGUUUGCUUGUAUUAUUGUCUGCUUUUCAUGAUGGCUAUGGAGGCUCCGGGUUCAUGUCUUGGUAAAAACCAGUGAUUCUUGUCAAGAAAAUUAGAGAAAGAAGAGCUCAAAAUAAGAGAAUGCUUUUCUUUUCUUCCUUUUUCUCUGUGAUUCUCUCCCUCUAUUAUUAUUGAUAUAAAUGAAGCACUGAGUUGGUCAAAGAUUGAACUUUUGGUCCAAUUUUGUAUCUGGGUUGGGGCUAAAGAUUGAAUUUUUUAUAGAUUUCACAUUCUGGGUCGGGUAAAAAUUGAAUUUUUACCAUAUCUUGAGUUCCAGAGUUGAUAUUUGUGACUCAAUUGCUGGUUUCUAGCUGAACUAAAGAGAGAAGGGAGGAGGUUGGAGAGCUUCAGAGAAACAAAAAUGGCAGACAAUAUAGAUGGUUCUUUGCUAUCUCCCACAGGGAACAAUAGAAAGCCCACUUCAUUUUUCAGUUCUUCAAAGUUGUUUACUAGUUUUUCUGGGAAAAAUUUGGGUGAGGCUGAGGUUAUGAUGAGCCCAACUUCUAUACUUGAUACUAAACCCUUUGGAUCUUUCAUAAACCCAUUUUGGAAUGACACAAAAUCCCCCAAAAGAGAGAGUAGAGUGAAUUUGGGGUCAAAGGGUGUAGGUCUAGGCCUAGUUGAUGCUCUGAUUGAUGAGAAAUCUGAGUCAAAACAGUUAAACAGUACAAGUAGAAUGGUUGUUUUUGGGUCACAGUUGAAGAUUCAGAUCCCAUCUGUUGUUUCUGCAGCUAGUUCACCAUCAUCCCCUAGUGAUUUUGGGAUCAAGACCAGGAAUUCCCAGUGGGGUUCUUUUUCGGCCAAGAAAUCGCCAUUUGGAUCCCCAGAAUCUGGGCUGGAAAACCCGAACUCAUCGGGUUCAGUUCAUAGCUGCCUCUCUGCUAGUAAGAUGGAGCUCUCAGAGGACUAUACUUGCGUGAUCUCGUAUGGCCCAAAUCCAAGAACCACUCAUAUAUUUGACGAUUGCAUUGUUGAGAGUUGCUUUGGUGUUGCUAGGUAUUCUGAACCGAAGAAGGGGAACCGCUCGAUGAGCUAUCCUUCUCAGAAUUUUCUCAGCUUCUGUCACACUUGCAAGAACAACCUUGGACUAGGCAAAGAUAUUUACAUGUACAGGGGGGAGAAGGCAUUCUGCAGCAGUGAUUGCAGGGACAGAGAAAUGAUGUUGGAAGAGGAAGGAAUGCAAAUUUCAGAAUUUGAAGAAGAAGAAGGCUAUGAUGUUUUUACUUCUUGAUAAUAAUUCUCUACUCUUAAUGCUAUGCUUUCUGUACAUAUAUAUUCUGACUUUUGAUAUUCCUUCUUUCACCUUUCUUUCAGUAUAUAUUUAUGAAUCUUUGCCAAAUAUCUUCUUGUUUAGUGAUA